ACCUACACACACACAGACCAGCUUGGCCGGAUAUUGGUGUCGGCGGCCGGAAGCGGAAGCAGUGCGAGGCGGUCGGGUUUCCCCGGCUGCAGCCAUCUAGACCGGCGGGAUGCUGUCGCUGGACUUUCUGGACGAUGUUCGGCGGAUGAAUAAGCGGCAGCUGUACUACCAGGUUCUGAACUUUGGGAUGAUCGUUUCCUCAGCGCUGAUGAUCUGGAAGGGGUUGAUGGUGGCAACAGGCAGUGAAAGCCCCAUCGUCGUUGUACUGAGCGGCAGCAUGGAGCCUGCCUUUCACAGAGGAGAUCUCCUGUUCUUGACCAACCGCAUUGAAGAGCCAAUCAGAGUCGGGGAAAUCGUGGUCUUUAGGAUAGAAGGCAGGGAAAUUCCAAUCGUACAUCGGGUCCUGAAAAUUCACGAAAAACAAAACGGCGACAUCAAGUUUUUGACCAAAGGCGACAAUAAUGCAGUUGAUGAUCGAGGCUUGUAUAAACAAGGACAACACUGGUUGGAGAAGAAAGAUGUGGUUGGAAGAGCAAGAGGGUUUGUGCCGUACAUUGGAAUAGUAACCAUCCUAAUGAAUGAUUACCCUAAAUUCAAGUACACGGUCCUUUUCCUGCUGGGUUUGUUCGUCCUCGUCCAUCGAGAGUAGCCUACCACCGGCGGAGACGAAGACCACCCCUCCGAGUAGGCUGGGAUGUGAAGUGUGUCCAUUUUGCUGCUUCUUAAUCCGGAUUUGGGCGGUUUUUUUUGUUUUUGUUUUCUACGACUGCUGUGUCACGGGCAGGCUGAUCUCAGUAUUUUGAAAGAGUUUGUCACACUUUAGCAUUUUUGUACCUCGGUGAAUUUUUAUAUUAAAAAAAGAAAAAAAAAAUAA